AUGUGUGCUCGACAUGUCAAAAAGCAGACACCCUCAAAGGCAUGCACAAAGUUGCUGAACGAGGCUAUUUUGCCUCAUUCUGAGGUAAAUAAUGCACAGAUAGUGAAAAUCAUUAUUCAGUAUUUCCAGGAAUUGGGAACGCCGGAGUUUCAAAAGCUUGCCAAAGACAUUUCGUCCACAUGUGGGAUAAUACCAAAUAAUAAAUCGUAUACAGAGCUUUCGAAGUUAAUCAUUUCGAACCCUUCGGAGUGCGAUUUGGCUGAAGAAUCAACUAUGCGUAAAGUGCAGGAGAUUAUAGAAACCAUAAAAGAAACAAAAAGGGCGGAAUCGGGGCUAAAAUUCUUGAGCUCGAAGAUGACUCAUGAGACUGUGGAGGCUCUUAUAUACAAACAUUUGUUCUUAGAAGCACUUUACAUUGAUAAAAACUCCACAAGGGCGCUUUCCAUAUUACGAAGAAUCCAAGAAACCGAUGAUGACUUGAAGGGGCAGUUGAGUAAAUUACUUUUGGACCCUCCGAAGGAUUCACAGGUACGCAGGGAAAAUGAUAUAUCCUACAAACAACUGUUAGACCGCCUUGAUUGGGAAGUUGGCGAAGAUAUCACCUGCUCAAGACGGACUUUGCUACACGAAAUAAGAAAUUGGUUGCCUACAUUGGAAACUGCAGAUCCCCAUCGUCUUCCUGUCCUCAUUGAUAAGGCAUUGAAGUACAAACAUAUGCAGGAUCCUUAUUUUUACCCUCCAAUUGAUCAUUGCAAUGAGACAUUUGAACUUUUUAGGGAUUGUAAAUCUCUUUUGAGUCGUGAAGAGAGACUUGAUAGGCUUCCAAUUCACAUUAAACAGACAUUGGAGGAACACAAAGAUGAAAUUUGGUAUGUAUGCUACUCGAAUAACGGAAAAUAUCUUGCAACAGGAUCCGUCGAUCAUGAUAUCAUAAUUUACAAUGCCGACGAUGGAUAUUCGGUUUUUCGGCGACUAGUAGGUCAUUCUGGGUCAAUCGUCUACUUAUCAUGGUCUUUUGACGACGAGAAGCUUAUAAGCACGUCGUUCGACCAGACUGUACGGAUAUGGGACGUGAAUACAACGCAGUGCAGGACUUUACCAAACCAGAACUUUUUUAAGUCGUACAUUCGAAUCUGGCCUGCCGAAUUUGUGGGAUCUAACUAUGACUUUGUCUUUGGCUCCCCCGAUAAGGAACUUGCGAUAUUUGACGGUGAAGGGUAUGUGUUGCAUGAUUUCGGGACAGAAUACAGGAUAGAUGACAUUACAGUGUUGAGUAAAGAUCUCAUGGUUGCUAUAACACACUCAUUUGACAUUUUAUUGGUUAGGAUAACGUCUAGCAAGUAUGAAAUCCUUAACACGAUACAUGUUGGAAUGAGAAUGACGGCGGUUUCACAUGCUCCUAACGACAGUACGCAUUUUCUUGUGAGUGCAAAGCCAGAUGAACUACAAGUGUGGAAUGUUGCAGAUCCACUAAUACCUUACGUGGAGAAUAAGUAUUAUGGUUUUGAAGGUUCUGAUUUUGUUAUUAGAAGCUGCUUAUUUGAUGAGUAUUUGGUAUUGAGCGGUUCCGAUAACGGUCGUAUUUAUGUCUGGAACCGCAAGCUCGGAAAUUUGAUAACCACUUUGCCUGGACAUAAGUCAUUGGUUAACUGCAUUGCUUCGAGACCAAACCCCGAUAAUACCAGAUCUUCAUGCGAAUGGGCUAGUGGAGGUGACGAUGCUAAAGUGUUAAUUUGGGGAUACAACAAAUAA